AUGCCUCAUGGUCAGAAGAGUAAGCUCCAUGCCCGUCAGAAGUGCCAGCGUACCCGUAUUGAAACCCAGGGCCUCAAGGGUGCUGAGGCCUCUGCUGCCAAGGUGGAAGGGUCUCCCUCUUCCUCUUCUGUUUUGGGGAAUACCUCCCAGAGCUCCCCUGCGGUUCGCAUUUUGCAAGAGUGUAAGAAAGACCCAGUCACUGCCACUACUAUUGCAGCUAUUUUAGCCAGAAAAUCUAAUGGAGGUGCCAAGUCCCAACAGGAGAAAAAUCCAAGCACUGACAACGAAGAAACUCUCUAUAUGAACUCAAAGAAAGAUCCUCUCUCCUUGAAGGUGAGCCUUUUGGUGGAGUUCAUGAUCGAUAAGUAUAAAAAUAAAGAGCCCAUUAUGAAGACAGAGAUGCUGCAGCUUCUUAACGAAAAUUAUGAGGAUCAAUUCCCUGAGAUCCUGAGGAGAGCCAAGGAUCGCAUGGAGCUGAUCUUUGGCCUUGAAUUGAAGGAAGAUAGCCCCAACAGUAACUCCUGUCACUUCGUCAGCAUGUUGAAUAUUGCCAAAGGAAGAAGUCUAACUGGAGGCAGCAGCUUGCCCAACACAGGUCUGGCGAUGACACUCUUGGGCAUUAUCUUCAUGAAUGGCAACCGAGUCAGUGAAGAUGAACUCUGGGAAUUCCUGGGUUUGUUGGACAUCUAUGCUGGAAAAGUGCAUUCAAUUUUUGGGGAGCCCAGGAAGUUUAUAACCAAAGAUUUGGUGAUGGAAAGGUUUCUCAAGAGAGACAUCAUGCCUCGUGGUCAGAAGAGUAAGCUCCGUGCCCGUGAGAAGCGCCAACGUGCCCGUAUUGAAACCCAGGACCUCCAGGGUGCUGAGGCCUCUGCUACCAAGGUAGAAGGGUCUCCCUCUCCCUCUUCGGUUUUGGGGAAUACCCCCCAGAGCUCCCCUGUGGCUCACAUUUUGCAAGAGUGUAAGAAAGGCCCAGUCACUGCCACUACUAUUGCAGCUAUUUUAGCCAGAAAAUCUAAUGGAGAUGCCAAAUCCCAACAGGAGAAAAAUCCAAGCACUGACAACGAAGAAUCUUUCUAUAUGAAUUCAAAGAAAGAUCCUCUCUCCUUGAAGGUGAGCCCUUUGGUGGAGUUCAUGAUCGAUAAGUAUAAAAAUAAAGAGCCCAUUAUGAAGACAGAGAUGCUGCAGCUUCUCAACGAAAAUCAUGAGGAGCAAUUCCCUGAGAUCCUGAGGAGAGCCAAGGAUCGCAUGGAGCUGAUCUUUGGCCUUGAAUUGAAGGAAGAUAGCCCCAACAGUAACUCCUGUCACUUCGUCAGCAUGUUGAAUAUUGCCAAAGGAAGAAGUCUAACUGGAGGCAGCGGCUUGCCCAAGACAGGUCUGGCGAUGACACUCUUGUGCAUAAUCUUCAUGAAUGGUAACCGAGCUACUGAAGAUGAACUCUGGGAAUUCCUGGGUUUGUUGGGCAUCUAUGCUGGAAAGGUGCACUCAAUUUUUGGGGAUCCCAGGAAGUUUAUAACCAAAGAUUUGGUGAUGGAAGGAUACCUGGUGUUCCGGAAAGUGCCCAAGAGUGAUCCUCCAUGCAAUGAAUUCCUUUGGGGUCCACGAGCUUAUGCUGAAACCACCAAGAUGAAAGCCCUUCAAGUUUUGGCCAAGAUCAACAAUACAGUUCCCAGCUCCUUCCCUGCUCUGUAUGAAGAAGCUUUGAGAGAUGAGGAAGAGAGAGCCCAAGCCAGAGCUGUUAAUGCGAGAGCCGGUGCACGUUCCAGGGGCAAGUAG